AGAGAAGGGGCAGGAAACAAAUAGAGGGAGAUAGAAGAGAGGAGGAGGGGAAGCAAUAAUCCCGCCGUCUACAACAGCGAACGACAGGCUGGUUACCCCAAGAUCUCGCUCGCUCGUUCGCUCGUUCGCUCGCUUGCUCUCGCGCGCGCGCGCGCGCGCGAGCGCGGUCUUACAAGACAGCGCAUCUGAACAUUCUGAACUCGUCGCUGAACCGUUCGGUGCCUCAACAGUUCGGCACGAUUCACACCGAGUUGAUUAUCCUGCCGCUCGCGCGCGCCCGCGUGUUUCGUCGCCGCCAUAUUAGCGAGAGAUAUACAUAUACACCAUGUACUAAUAAUAAAUUGAGAUUAGACGCGGCUAGUAGGACGACGGAUCGCAAACCGCGGCCAUCACCGAAGAUUGCGCAUUUAACCGUUGAGAAUUUGACUGAACUCAAAGUACAAUUUCGACGAGUGUAGUAUUACUGCGUACACAUGAGCGAGCAACAGUGAUCAAGCCAUAAUAUUGUCAGCCAUGUUUAAUCGUAUAUAAGAGAAAGCCUCUCCUCGAGGGAAGCGCGGGAGUACGAUUGUACCCACGCGAUCAUAAAAUCGACGACAGAAGGGAUCGACUACCACAACGUGUCCAGUUACUCUCGCGCAAAAUAUUAAAGAAAAGGAGGCCGUACACAUACACACACUCGUAAUCUGCGAGAUAAGAGAACCGAUUUCCCCCGCCUAUAUCGCUUAUGCGCGCCAAGAAGCGCGCGUGCUUAAUUGAUUUUACCUACCGCUGAACAGUGAGUUUACCGAUUUAAUGCAAUGCCAAGUUGCCGGUGUGUUGUCAUGUAAUAUCGUAAUCAACAUCUCCUGUUUUCAUCUUGCGUGUUUCAAUCCGUCGUGAUUAAAAAAGUAGCAGGCAUUCGCUCUUGAAUCGAGAGAAAGAGAGAGAGAGAGAGAGAGAAAUUGAGAGACUUCGAGUUGUUUCGAUAAAAAUUACGAUUCAGUAAAUUACAAUUCAUAGGAAUACAAUAGCGUGUUGCCGAUCAACGUUCAGCGGAAUUUCAACUAAGAAUAAGUCGAUGUUGACUAUCCGCAUUGUUAAUAACAAUGCCUAUUGGAAAUGAAUAGUCCAUUGGAUCACGAUUUUGAAAGAUUUAAAUUUUCUGCACAAAAUAAAAUCUGUAAGGACGACGCUGUGGAGCUGUUACAAAAUUUCGACAAGUGCGCGGGCACUCCCAGCUCGCCGGAUGACAGCUUGAACGAUCAGUAUUUACUGCUGGAUUGCGGAAUUUGCGGCCAGCAAUUUGCUUCCAAAAAACUGCUACGUGUCCAUAUUCACACUCACCUGAGGAAACCUCGCAUUGUCCUCAGGAGAGUGACCAGUCCAAAAGUAGCGAAGGUGAGGAAGCAGAGCGAAGACACAUACUGGCUGGAUCCUGAAAAGAAGGGUCUGCUGAAGCUUACUCUGAAGAAGCAGAAUAUAACUGAGUCUUUGAAGCUUACGUUGAAGAAGACAUCUUCAGAGUCGGAAGAUUUUACCGUUGUAAAUAGUAAUUUUAGUUCAGUUAUCAAGAAUCAUCAACAAAGAGACGUGGCAGGUGCUAAAGAGAAUGAUCAAAGAAAUAAUAAAGCAGCGAAAGGUUCUGUUAAUGAACCUUUUGAAAACGUGAUGGUGGAUCAACAAGAUGAUUAUGACAACAUUAAAUUUGAUGCAGAAGAUCAUAAUCCUUUGGAGGAGAAUGAAAGACCAUCUAUAGAUGUUAACGAGGGUGAUUCUGGUGUAGGAAGUGAUAUGGCAAAUCCAUCCGAAAAAGAAGAUCAAAAUGUUGAUGAUAUACAAAGUAGCGAUAAUUAUGACAAUUCUGAGAAAAGACUGUCAGAACCCGAAGAUCAUGAGGAGCCAGAUGCUUUAGAAGCAACUUGUAGAGAAACUAUUGAAAAUUUGAAAAAACUUGGAGAGCAGUCAAAUUCUAGAUCAUCAAAUCAAUUGAUCGAGAAUUCGGCUGCUGAGGAAGAAGAUGAUAGAAACCAUGAUUCCGAUAUGAUACACACUCUAGGGCAGAAUCCUUCCAUCAGCAUUAUUCCAAAGUCUUCCACAUUUUCCAAUCAUUCGACAGAACGCGCUCCGGUAUGCGACAGUGAAAAUAAGAGCAGAGACUCGACUGAGCAGCAAGCACAAGGUUUUAAUUGGAAUCAAUUAUCUACUGACUUGUCCAGCAAAAGCAAUGAGGAUCUUAAUAAAGAGGACGGCGAGCAACAGGGAGAUACUGGUGGUGACUCCAAUAUGGAGAACACUGGAUCACUCUUGCAUAACUUUCUGAUGGAGCAUCAGAGACGUAACACGAACGAGGUUUCUUUAUCGAACAAUUUAUCUAACGAGACAUCCGAGUAUGUUCCCCUUGAGAAACUAGCGGAGACUGUUAGUACGUGUCGCAUCUGCAAUGAGAAGUUUAAAGAUAUUGCGCAUUUAGAUGAACAUCGUAGUAAAGCUGGUCAUUAUCAGUGCAAUAUUCCGGAAUGCGCUAAUCUCAUCUUCCAUUCGGCAAUGGAGAUAUCGAUGCAUCGGGCACAAACGCAUGGUACCCCACUUUCGCCAAAUGUGAGCCAAUUGUCUCCUCAUAAUCAAUUAUCAAACUCGCCACAUGUGAAUCAGAAUUCGCCGCAUUUGAGUCAAACGUCGCACUCGCCUCAUGCCACUUCUGUAGAUGCACCAUCAACGAACAGUUCACAACAGCAGCAGCUCAGUAGAAAUUCGCCAUUAACGUCCCCACAUCAGACUAAUUCGCCAACAUUUAACGCGACUGCGCCAACGACGGCUAGCGCUCCAGGUCAGCAAAUGCAAAUACCGCCGGUAAACUUUGAGCAGCUACCACCACCUGUGCAGCAAUUGGCCCAGCAGGUGCAGCGUAUGCCUCUUCCACAAGCGCAAAUGCCUCCUAGUCUUCCUCCAGGCGCAAACACGAUGAUACCCGGACCGAACUAUUUUGUACAGCCACCGGGUCGACCGCCCUUGUAUAGAGUACCCGGUCCACAGGGUAUACACUAUCCUCCGCACAUGACGCACUUAUAUCAGUAUGGACCGGGUCCAUAUCCUCCGAUAGCCGCACCUCCUCCACAGAUGCAUCCACAAUUGCCUCAGCAAAUUCCGCGUGGUGGACGAUAUCCACCCUCGACAUCUGUUCCUCAAAACAGCAGAGCACCACGGUUACCGCAGGCUGGUUCAGUUCCUCGUCAACGUAUGAAGAGACCCAUGCAACAAUCUAAUAUGCAAGUUCAACCACAAAAUAACUCUGCGAAGCAAAGGCGUAUGGAUGUUCUAUUACCCGAUAGAAACGAGGACGCGGAUUGUCAUGUCAUAGCGCAACAAAAGAGAAAUGACGGAUUACCCGUUAUUCAAAAUGUUCAAGGAGCUACCACUCAACAAGCCAAUAGAAAUGAUUCUACGAUACAUCUCACAGAUUCAAUUACUCUAAGUGUUCGACAACCUGGUUCAACCCCAGCUCAAGUCCAGAGCACGUCAAAUCCGGGGGGAAAGAAAUCCGACGCUAAGGCGGUGGCGAAUGUCCUCGCGGCUCGAGGUAUAACAGUUACUCCAGCUGCAAAUAAAAAUAAAACAAGUGAACAAAGCAAACAGCAGAUAUCCUCUCAGCAGCAGCAGCGGCCACCACCUUCACAGCAGCCUUUAAAUGUUACAGCGCUCAAUCUGAAUUCUGCUAUUUCUAUCAUACCAACUAGUUCACAAAGAAAGCAGCAGGAGCAAGGGCAAUUUGCUGUUCCGCAAAACAAGCAGAACAAAUCACCAGUUAAUGAACAAAUUGAACGACCGCCGAGACCACCAACCGUAGACCUUACGCAGGACACUCCACCACAAAUGCCAGUUGUUAGACGCGGUCGUCCACCCAGAGCGUUAUUAACGUGUCAGGUAUGUGAUAAAAAUUUUCAAAAUCAAGACAUGUUGACACAACAUAUGGCAACUCAUCGAACGACUAGCAAAUUACUUCAUAGGUGCAACCUCUGUCCUGCUCAAUAUCCUACAGUUCAAGCGUUGACAACGCACAAACAAGCUUAUCACAAGGAAGUCGACACUGUGGCACAAAAUGGAGGCGCGGAAUUGGCUCUACCAGUCGUGGAUUUAAAAUCGCCGCAUGUGUUAAACCGCUUAUCAAAUUUGGGCAUUCAAAGCUACAUACCAUUGUCGCAAUUGAGCGCUCAAACUGGCGGUUAUUUCGGUCUGCCGAUCAUCACGAUAGACGGUGCAAGAAACUCGAGUACCUGUAAUCUAGGUGCGCUUGGUGCUACCUCUAUUUUAAGUCUCGGUCCCCUUAAGCAUUUAUCAAACAGGUAACUGUGGACGCAUUUGGCCUAUUUCAUGUGUGCAAUCGCGCUUCUUUUUUAUUAUUAUUAUUUUCACAUUCAAAUCGAUUACUGUAUUGCCACUGACCAUGACACAAUGUCUUAAUCAUCGAAAGAAAAUGACCGUGAUAUAGAAUUUAAGUAAAAAAAUUAUUAUAUACGCGUGACAUUUUUUAUAUAAAGAAUAUACGA